AGCGCCGCAAUCAGCUGUUUCGCGCACGCUGAUAGUGAAAUGUGGUUGCCAAUGUUGAAAUUGCAACGAAUCGUGCCGCAUGGACCGCUGCGAAGUCUGACGAACCAUUGCAUCAGAAUGAGCAGCACAGUGUCUACAGCUGCCGCGGAACAAACGCCACCCGCCAAAUAUGAACGCCAACCAAACGUGCUGCGUAAAAAGCUGAGCUCAGUUGUGCCGGGUUCUGUGAAUUUACAGGUGCUCGGCGCAGGCGCCAAUGGAGCGCCCAGCGCUGUUUACUUGUUUACCGAUCAGUCCCGCUACCUGUUCAACUGCGGCGAGGGCACACAGCGUUUGGCACACGAGCAUAAGACGCGCCUAUCUCGCCUGGAGCAAAUUUUUGUGACACGAAACACGUGGACCGCAGUGGGCGGACUGCCGGGCCUGGCUUUGACCAUUCAGGAUGCAGGCGUGCGCAAUGUGGGACUGCACGGACCACCGCACCUGGACACCAUGCUGCAGAGCAUGCGCCGCUUUGUGGUGCUCAAGAAUCUCCAGAUGCAGACAAUAGACAGCACACUGGGCGUCACAUUCGAGGACUCGAUAUUGAGCGUGCAGCCAGUUGUGCUGCGCAGCGAGCAACAGCCUCUGCAGCCCAUUCUCAGCUAUAUCUGCAAACUAAAGCCACGCCCAGGUGCGCUCAACCUGGUGAAGUGCGUCGAGGCGGGCGUGCCGCCAGGCCCGUUGCUGGGGCAGCUGAAAAACGGACAAGAUGUGACGCUGCCCUGUGGCACAGUGGUGCACUCUGUGGAUGUCACCGAGCCCGCCGAGACGGCGCUCUCCUUUGUCUUCAUAGAUGUGCCCAGCGUGGAUUACCUGGAGUCCCUAAAGGCGCAGUCGGAGCAGUACAAACAGCUAGCCAACUCGGAGCUAACUGAGGUGGCGCUCGUGGUGCACUUUAGUCCACCCGAGCUAACAGCUCAUACAGAGUAUCUCGACUUUAUGCAGACUAACUUCUCUGCCGGCACACAGCACAUUUACCUCAACUCGCAUUUAAAUCGAUUCUCUGGCUAUGCGGCGGCUCAUCGCAUUCAAUACCAGCUGCACCAGCUGGCUCCGCGCUUCUUUCCGCUGCUCGCCGAGGCGGCGGAGCUGCAGCUGAGCUGCCCCAGCAACACGUUGAGUCAUAGCCUGAAGAAAACGAAGCUGGAUAAUGACGUCGAGGAGCAGCGAGAGAAUAAAUUGAAUGAGAGUCAAUUAACGAAUGCAAAGGAAGUGAAGCUGCAGCAGGUGAGACAGCAGCAGGGCUUCGUUUCCAUGAGCAGCUUCCACUUGAGGCCUAAGAAGGGAUUGGAUCGCACGCUGGAAUCGAAGCUGACGCCCGAGGAAUAUAUCAAGGAGACGCAUGCAGUGCCUGGCUUCAGCGAGCUGCUCGCCCAGCUGCAGAGCGAGACGGCGGAGACAUUGAAGAUUGAGAGCAAGCGCUAUCCACGUAUCAUAUUCCUCGGCACCGGCUCCUGCAUUCCGAAUAAGACACGCAACGUCAGCUCAAUUCUCAUCCAGACCGCGGCGGAGGCAUUCAUGCUGUUCGACUGCGGCGAGGGCACGCACGGCCAGAUCGUGCGGCUCUUUGGACGAGAGCGUGCCCGUGAGGUGAUGCUGCAGCUGCAGGCUGUCUAUGUCUCCCACUUGCAUGCCGAUCAUCACAUCGGACUGAUUGCGCUGCUGCGCGAGCGACAGCGGCUGGAGCCGUCGUCCCCGUUGCUGCUGCUGGCUCCGCGUCAGAUCGAGCCUUGGCUGAACUUUUACAAUCGUCAAAUCGAACCAAUUGCCGAUGCCUACACGCUGAUGGGCAAUGGCGAGCUGCUGGAGCAGCCGCUAGCGGGCGAGCGUGUCGAGCAGCUGGGCGUUAACUCGAUAGCCACCUGCCUGGUGAGGCAUUGUCCGCAUGCCUUCGGCAUCAGCCUCACGCUGCAGGCGCAGCACGAAGGCGAGCCGAUCAAGCUGACCUACAGCGGCGAUACGAUGCCUUGUGCAGAUCUGGUGGAGCUGGGUCGCAACUCAACGGUGCUGAUACACGAGGCCACCAUGGAGGACGAUCUGGAGGAGGAGGCGCGCAUCAAGACGCACAGCACCAUCUCGCAGGCCAUUCAACAGGGUCGCGACAUGCAGGCCAAGCACACCAUCCUCACCCACUUCUCGCAACGCUAUGCCAAAUGCCCGCGCCUGCCCAGCACCGAGGACAUGCAGCACGUGGCCAUUGCCUUUGACAAUAUGCAGGUGACCGUGGAGGAUCUGCAGCACUAUCACAAGCUCUAUCCAGCACUGCUGGCCAUGUACGCCGAGUACACCGAGGAGCUGGAGCAGCGCGCAGUGAAACGAGAGCUCAAACAGGAGAGAAAACGCAAAUUGGCACAGACGUGAUUAGGGCACUAGAUGAGAGAGAGAGAGAGAGAGAGAGAGAGAGAGAGAGUUAUGAAAGGUCUUCUUGAUAACUGUAUACGAGCUAGGGAUUUUUUUUAGCUACCGUGAUAACUGGCGCAUAUAUUUAAAGGUUCUUAGCCUUAAGCUGAGCCUGAACUUUAAAGAAAGUUUGAUUCUAAUAAAAGCUUACCUAAAGAUAGAUAUAG